AUGAGGCAUCAAUCUGAGCUGACUCCACUUGUGGCGAAUGGCUCCCCGUCGCUUCGUUCUUUCACGUUACGUAGUAUUACAAGUCGCUCUCUGCUAAUAGCGGCUUCUGGUGUCGCCAUCGUACUCACGUUUGUGUUCAUGUUGCGCGAGAACUCAUCGUUUUCAAGUUCUACAAACCUGAAAGGCGUCACUAGCAAGUUUGACAAGUUUUUCUGUGGGUUAACGAGCCAUGAAACAGGGUAUAUCAAGCUACCAAAUAAGGAUGAUGACCAUUAUUUUUAUUGGUAUGUGGAAUCGCAGAGCGAACCGCAGAAAGACCCUCUAGUCCUCUGGCUUACAGGGGGGCCGGGUUGUUCCAGUAUGAUGGCGCUAUUGGCUGAAAAUGGUCCGUGUCAUGUGCAGCCAGAUUUGUCCACCAAGGCUAAUCCAUACUCUUGGAAUGGCCAGGCCAAUGUGAUUUGGCUGGACCAACCGACAGGAGUGGGGUUUUCUUACGGCCCGACGGUGGACUACGAUUCGGGCGAGUUAAAUGUGGCUGAGAAUAUUUACUGGUUCUUACAGGAAUUUUUCCAAAAGCACCCAGAGUUAAGUGGUCGAGAUUUUUUUGUGACAGGUGAAAGCUACGGUGGACAUUAUGUACCUGCUAGUGCGAGCUACAUUUUGAAGGCCAACAUGCUUCGACACUUGAAUCUGGACGCAGUUUACAUCAAUUUGGCAGGUAUCGCAGUGGGCAACGGACUGACAGACCCGGCGGUGCAAUUUCAGCACAGUGUCGACAUGGCUUUUAACUCGUACAAUGUAUCGCUCUUGAAUGACAAGGCGAUCGAAGACAUGCGUAAAGCGCAGCCAGUGUGUCGCGAGCUCAUUUUGAAGUGCCAGAAGAACCAGACAAUUUGCGCUGAUGCGAUGGAAUUUUGUUUUGGAACGCAGGAAGGACCGUAUUACCAGUCGGGGCGAAACCCAUACGAUAUUCGGCAGUUGUGUGCUGAAGAUAAUGUGAUGAACUGCUUCCACUUCGAGCACAUUGUCGAGUACUUGAACUUACCUGUCACUUUAAAAGAGCUAGGCGUCGACGUGCACAAAUCCAAGCCAUGGCGCGAGUGCGAUGCGACGGUGGCUGCAGGGUUUGCUUUGGACGAGAUGCUAUCCUCGACCGAGGAUGUCAAACUUCUCCUGGAUGCAGGUGUGAGGGUGUUGAUUUACGCUGGUGAUGCUGACCUCAUGUGCAAUUGGGUGGGCAACCAGGCGUGGGUAAUGGCGCUGGACUGGAGCGGAAAAGAGGGCUUUAGAAACGCGCCAAACCGUCCACUCGUUACAUCUGUGGUCCAAGAUGCAGGGCGUGUUCGUACAUUCGAGAACUUGGCCUUCAUCCGUGUGUUCAACUCUGGCCACAUGGUGCCGAUGGAUCAACCUGCUGUCGCGUUUGAGAUGAUAAAUAAGCUUUUUCACGAUCAAGAUCUUUGA